AUGACACCCAGAAUUGAAAGUGAGGAAUCUGCUCCUCUAGUAAAUAAAAACAACAACAAUAAUAACGAUAAUAAUAAUAAUAAUAAUGUUGAUGAAGAAAACCCUUUAAUAAUAGAAAGUGGUAUUCCAAUUGAAGAUUUAGAACAAAAAAAUAAACCAUAUUUAAUUAAAGUACCAAAUAUUGAUAAACCAGAUUCUAAAUGGAUAAAUUUUAAAACAUUAUGGGCAUUUACAGGACCAGGAUUUUUAAUGAGUAUAGCAUAUUUAGAUCCUGGUAAUUUAGAGAGUGAUAUUCAAGCAGGAGCAAUGGCAGGAUAUCAAUUACUUUGGGUAUUAUUUUGGUCAACAGUUAUUGGAUUUUGGUUACAAAUGUUAGCAUCAAGAUUGGGUGUUGUAACAGGUAAACAUUUAGCUGAACAUUGUAGAGAACAAUAUCCAAAGACACCAAGGCUAUUGUUAUGGUUAAUGACAGAGUUGGCCAUUAUAGGUAGUGAUAUUCAAGAGGUUAUCGGUACUGCGAUUGCCUUGCAAAUCUUAUCGAAUGGACAUAUACCAUUAUGGGCUGGUGUAUUAUUCACUGCAGCUGAUACAUUCACAUUUUUAUUUUUAGAGAAAUAUGGUAUUAGAAAGUUGGAGGCAUUCUUUUGCUCCUUGAUUGCAAUCAUGGCCAUUUCUUUUGGUGUAGAAUACAUCAUUAGCAAGCCCGACCAAAUUGAGGUGGUAAAAGGUGUAUUCAUACCAUUAUGCUCACAGAACAACAUUUCCCAAGCUGUGGGUAUCUUGGGGGCAGUUGUAAUGCCACAUAAUAUCUACUUACAUAGCGCUUUGGUACAGUCAAGAGAAAUCGAUAGAAAGAGUGAAACUCAAGUAAAAAUCGCAAAUAAAUACAAUCGUUUAGAAUCUGCAUUCGCAUUGAUCAUCUCUUUUAUUAUUAAUCUAUUAUUGGUAUCAGUUUUCGCUAAAGGAUUCUAUGGAGAAACUACAGAGAUUGGGUUAUCAUCGGCUGCUGAUUUCCUUAUGGACAAGUAUGGUAAGGUUGCAAAAUACAUUUGGGCAAUCGGUUUAUUUAGUGCUGGUCAAUGCUCGACUAUGACAGGUACCUAUAGUGGUCAAUUUGUAAUGGAAGGUUUCUUAAAAUUAAAAAUCGCACCUUGGAAAAGAUUAUUAAUCACCCGUUGUACCGCUAUCGUUCCUGCUAUGGUUGUUGCUAUAUUAUCGACUUCUCAUUUGGAUUCUUUAGAUCAAUGGUUAAACAUUUUGCAAAGUAUUCAAUUACCCUUUGCAGUGGUACCUGUAUUAUUAUUUACAAGCUCUGAGAAAAUUAUGGGUUCAAAAUUUAAAAAUCAUUGGUUAAAUAAUCAAUUUGUUAGAUUUUUAUCACUAUUAAUCAUUGCAAUCAACAUUUAUUUAAUUAUCACUUUCUCAAUGCAAAUCUCUGAAUCAGCUUGGAUGAUUUCAAUAGUUUCAAUAUCUUUCUUUUUUUAUUUCAUUUUCAUAGUUUAUUUAUCAAUGGGUCAAGAAAACUUUAAUUCUAUGACUAAAAAAAUCAAAAAUUUAUUUAAUAAUAAUUCAAAUCAAACUUAUAAUAAUAUUAAUUAUUAA